CACUACGACUACCGAGAUACAGAAAUGCGGAAAGCCAUCACAACAGCAGUGACAAUCUGGCUUCAGGGUUUGCGAAACUCCGUGUUGGCCACCAUGACGUCAGAUGGACUACCAACCGGUCUGCCGUGGGGUAUGCCUAACCUUGAAUGUAACUCAAGCUCUACUUUAACCUGGCAGGAUGGCCCUUCCUUUUAUCAAUUCUUGAUGAAUGUGAGCUACGAUGACGUGUCCUUCAACGAACUGGGGCAAUUAAAAUCUCGAGACAUCUCCAUAGUGAAUGUUCAGCCUUCAGGAAAUGGACCAAAUCAGCGCAAAUGGACAGAGGUUGGUCCACAUAACUAAGGAAAAUAGAGUACAAUAAUAAAAACAACAAUAU